AUGGAGCACUUGAGAGAUGUCCUGCUAACCUUGCAGAAAAAUCAAUUAUUUAUUAAUUUGAAGAAGUGUAGCUUCAUGACCGAGCGACUCCUUUUCUUGGGUUUUGUUGUUGGAGCAGAUGGUCUUCACGUUGAUGCAGAAAAGGUAGCUGUGAUCCGUGAUUGGCCAGUUCCACAGAAUGUUGGCGAGGCUCGAAGUUUCCAUGGCCUUCCGACGUUCUAUAGACGUUUUAUUCGAGAUUUCAGUACAAUUGUAGCCCCGAUCACUAAUUGUUUAAAGAAAGGAAAAUUCCAUUGGGGUGAUGAAGCUUCGGCCAGCUUCAAGCUUAUCAAAGAAAAGCUCUCAACGGCACCAGUAUUGAUGCUCCCUGAUUUUGAGAAAGUGUUCGAGUUGGAUUGCGAUGCUUCGGGUAUUGGAAUCGGCGCUGUUCUUUUCCAAGAAGAUUAUGCAUUCCUCGUGGUUCCUUGCGCGAACAACUCAUUCGAGAGCUUCAUGGUGGUACUCUCGGCGGACAUUUGGGGCGAGAUAAAACUGUAG